AUGCACGCACUGGGGCAGCUCCUGCUGGUGCUGGUGGUGGGGUCGGCGGGUGGCCGUGGGGACCCCCGCGACACCCUGGCCUGCUCCCAGGGCCUCACCUGCCGUCUCUUGGACACCGAUGUGCUGUGCGGGACAGAGCCCCCGGGGCCCAGGCACGGGCUGGCCCUGGCUCGUCUGCGGCUGGAGCCGGCACUGCGCUGCACGGAGCCCAUGGCCUGCGUGCCCUGCCUGGAGGCACGCGUGCGCCUGGCCUUGCCACCUGCCACCAGCCCCGCCACCGAGUCCCGCCUCUCCGCGCAGCCUGGCACCUCUGGGACACAGGAUAGCGGUGAUGGGGGCCAGUGGUCACCAGCCACUGGGGCCACCUCAUCCCAGCCCAAUGUUACCGGGCUGCUGCUUCUUUCCGGGCACGCAUACGCCUCGUCCCGCUGUGUGGCCGUGGAGGUCUGGGCACCCUUGAGACCCACGCUGCGUGGCCGAACCGUGGGUUGGGUGAUCUUCCGGUGCUUCGAGGCGCCGCUGGGCUCUGAACUCCACGUCUCGGCAUACAUGAAUUCACGGGGCCAGCAGAGGCUGAGCCAGCAGCAGCGGGUGCCAGUGCCCAGACUGCGGGUCUCCCCGGGGAAGAAGGAGGUGGUUGUGGAGGUGCAGGGGGCUGCAGUAGGGCACAACUACACACUCCGACUCUACCACAACCAUAGCCAUGGCACCAGUGGGCCAGGGCGUGCAGUGACUGCGAGCAGUCCCAUGAACUAUGUCCUGCCCACCGAUGAGGUGCUGCCCUGCCUCUGCCUGCAGGUCUGGCCGGAAACCCAAGACCCACUACGGGCCACCCUGUGUCCCUUCUCUCAUGAUGCUGAGGCCUGGGAGCGCCUGUGGGCGCAGAGCCGGCUGGUCCUACACAUCGAGGAGCAUGUGCUGACCUGCUCCCUCUCAGCCCCCUGCGACCUCCCGGCUGAGCUGGUGCCUUGCUGGCAGCCAGUGCACUCUGGGCCCUGCCAACCCCUCCCUGGCCUACAGCAGCCUGCCAGAGGGCAGGGACCCCAGGAGUUUGGAGGGCUGCAGCCACACCCCAACCUCUGCGUGCAGGUGUGGAGCGGUGGGCAGGUCCGGCUGACCCAGUGUCUGCGGGACCGAGCACUGCCUGGCCGCCCCGAUGACCUCCUGCUGCUGGAGCACGGGGGGAAUGCCUCACUGUGUGCCAUGGAGUGGGGUGCUUGCACACCCCUUGCCAGCUUCACCAGCACGGGGGCAGGACACCCUGGGCUGCUGGAGCAGGAUCUGCAGCAGGACGUGGCAGGGGGGCAGUGCCAGCAGCUGUGGCACCCAUCAAACAGCACUGGAGUUGUGCUCUGGGCCUGUCCCCUGCACAAGUACCUGCGUACCCACUGGGCACUGGUGUGGAUGGGGGUGCUGCUGGGGGCCGCCUGUCUCCUACUGCUGCUCUUGAUGAAGAAGGAGGAUAUGAAAGGAUGGCUGAAAUCCCUGAGGACUGGUUAUGGCUCCAAGGGUCCACUGCAAGGCCGGCGGGCACUGCUGGUGCACGCAUCAGAGCCGGUGGCAGAGCGGGCAGCGUGUGCCUUGAUGGCAGCUCUGCACUCCCUCGGUCUGACAGUGGUGGCAGCACCAGGGGGUGGCAGCGGGAUGGCGGCUUUGGGGCCACUACCCUGGCUGCAUGCCCAGCACCACCGGGCACUACGUGACAGUGACACCAUCAUCCUCCUCCUCUCCCCGGCAGCCGUGGCUGCUGCACACCAGUGGGACACCAGGGCUAGGGUUGUGCCAGAGUCCGGGGCCGCUGAAAGCAGCCUUGGGCCCCGGCACAACCCUGACCCUGAUGAUGUCCCCACUGUGGCACCCUGCGAGGUGUUCGCCGCAGCUCUAUCCUGUGCCAUGCCAGUGCUGGCGGUGGCCAAUGGGCACUACGUGGUGGCCUGUCUGGAGGCCUUGGUGCCAGCAGUGCCCCCAGCGCUGCGGGCAGCCCCUGCCUUCGCACUCCCCAGCGAGACAGAGGGGUUUUUGCAGGCACUGGCAGGCCCAGCUCGGCAGAGGGGCCGGUGGCUAGAGUCACACGUGGCGGCGGUGGCCGAGGCUCUGCAGCGGGCGGGCCUGGAGCGGACAGAGCAUGAGGGCUUUGGUGGGGGUAACACGGCCUGGGAGGAGGAGAAGCUGUCCAAGUACCAGCACAGUGAGACCCGUCUGCUGGAGGUGUUGGAGGGUGUCUGUGCCCCCUCGGACUUCGCCUGCCACCAACUGCUGGAGCGGAGUGAGGAGCAUGUGGAGCAGUGGUGGUUCCAUGAGCGGCAGCAGCACCCUGACUUUUUCCAAUGGCUGUGUGUGGACAGGCUGAUGCUUUGCUGCCCACCCGGCACUUACGGCCCGGACUGCCGGUCCUGUGCCGGUGGGCCCCAGCAGCCCUGCAGUGGCAAUGGGCAAUGCGAUGGUGAUGGCACACGCCGCGGCACCGGCCUCUGCGUCUGCAGCCCAGGCUAUGGUGGUCCCUUCUGUGCCGAGUGCGGUGACGGCUACUAUGAGGCUUCACGGAACAAGAGCCACCUCGUGUGUGCUGAGUGCUACCAGGCAUGCGGGCGCUGCACGGGGCCUGAGGACUCCAGCUGCCUUCGCUGCAAGAGGGGCUGGGUGCUGCAUGAGCACCGCUGCAUUGACAUAGAUGAGUGUGGCACAGAGAUGGCGCAUUGCCGAGCCAACCAGUACUGCGUCAACACAGAGGGUUCCUACGAGUGCCGAGACUGCUCCACGGCUUGCAUCGGCUGCAUGGGUGCUGGGCCAGCUCGCUGCAAGAAAUGCAACAAGGGCUACUGGCGGGAUGGAGCCAAGUGCCUGGAUGUGGAUGAGUGUGCCAGUGCCGAGGAGCCAGUGUGCACAGGGGUGCAAGAGGUGUGUGAGAACACAGAGGGCAGCUACCGCUGUGUGUGUGCCCAAGGCCACAUCCGCCGAGACGGACAAUGCGUUGAGGACAAGCCCCCUGAUGCCCCAGAGAAGGGCUUCUUUGAUGACGUGACUGAUGACGAGGUGGUGGUGCUGCAGCAGAUGUUCUUUGGUGUGAUGAUCUGUGCCCUUGCCACACUGGCUGCCAAGGGUGACAUGGUCUUCACAGCCAUCUUCAUCGGCGCCGUGGCCGCCAUGGCUGGCUACUGGCUUUCUGACCGCAGUGACCGUGUCCUCGAUGGCUUCAUGAAGGGCAGAUAGCUCUGGAGCUGCUGGGCGGAAGCUGAGGGGCGGACUCAGCUUGGGGUGCAGGGCCUCCCCCAAGCAGGGCUGGCUGCCAAGGCCGCAUCCUGCACAUGAUGCUGUGCCCUGCAUGCGUCCCCCAGCCCCCCUUAGCAUAGGGUCUUGUUUUCCCUGUCCCUGCAGAAUGAGCCAGGAGUACCUGAUCCUGGGGGCUCUCACACAGCCCACUCUGGCUGGAGGGGUGAUGCCAGGCAGUGCAGCAUCGUGUGGGGGGCACAGCAUGCUGCCCCCAGCUCCUUGUGCUCUGGAGGAGAGGCCUGGCAUUGUGACAGGUGAGGGGGUGGAGGGGCAGGUGAGGGAGGGAACCUGCUAUCUGACCCCAGUCUGGGGCUCCUGGCCCCAUAGGACUCCCCUCCCAUGAGGCCAUUCCCUGUGGGAGAGUGGGGGGCUGGGCCCCCCCCAUGUCCUGAGCUGUAUGACUUGGAGAGCUGC